UCGAGCGAAAGUGUUAUGAAGAUAUUGACCGAAAGGAGUUUGAUGAUGGAUCUUGGAUCUUUUUAUAUACCAAAGAAGAGUAAAUCAAAGCCAAUGGGAGAUGAUGCUUAUUUUAUCUGUAAACAUCAUCAAACCAUUGGUUUGGCUGAUGGUGUGGCUAGUUGGGCAAAGAAGGGUAUAGAUGCGGGUGAAUAUGCACGACAAUUGAUGGAUAAUUGUCUCACUGCCCUUUAUGCGAAAAAUAAAAAGAUUGUGGAUCCAAAAAUGAUUUUAGAAGAAGCUUACUUGAAAACUGAGAUUAAAGGAUCCUCCACAGCAUGUAUUAUAACACUUACGAAUGAGUACUUGCAUGUUGUCAACGUUGGAGACAGUGGAAUCAUGCUAUUUAGAGAUGGAGAUCUGAUAUAUAAGUCACCCGUACAACAACAUCGUUUUAAUUCUCCAUAUCAACUGGGAAAGAGAAGUGAUGAUCCAAGUGUAGCAGAGGAGCUUACAAUUGGGGUAAAGGCAGGAGAUGUUAUGGUGGCCGGAACUGAUGGACUAUUCGACAAUGUGUUUGCAAGUGAGAUAGAGGAUGUUAUAAAGGUUGUAUGUAAAAAAGAAAGCUGUUUGGAGCCAGAGGUAUUGGCCCGCUCAUUCGCAAAGUUGGCUUUGAAGAAUUCACGGCACAAAGAUGGCGAUUCCCCAUAUUCAAGAGCGGCAAUGAUAGAAGGAUAUCUUAAAAAUGGUGGGAAACCUGAUGAUAUCACUGUGGUAGUUGCACACAUUGUACCACCCAUGGAGAUACUUGGAUUUUAGAAGGACAGCAAGAGCAAGCACCAAAACGACACAAGGGCGGUAACUAUAUAUAUCAUUCUUAUUCCUGUUCUCAUUUUUUUUUCUCUUUAAAAAUUGUGUAUGUGAUUUCACUUUGUUCAUUUUUGUGUUCUU